AUGGAACCAACAAGCUCAGAACUUUUUAACUCAAGACUUGUAGGACAAACAUUUCAAACCAUGAAACUUCUAGGACCAAGCCCCCUAGGAUCAAACCCUCUAAGGGCAAGAUCUCUAGAAUCAACUCCUGCGAUAUCAGCCCCUCCAGUUUUAGUCCCUCUCAAAGCAGGCCCGAACUUGCACCUAUCAAAGCCUAAACUAGAACGUGUUGCAUCGCAUCCAAUUCCCCUAAGAACUUUGAUUACCCUUCUCAACUACGAGCGCGUAACCUCGGAUAUGCGUUAUGAAAAUACCAGUCUUUACCAUAGCUCAGAGAUGGAAAGUAGAAAAAACCCCGAGGAGUUCAACACAGGGUAUACAGAGGGGGCGCGAUGUUUCUGCUACGACGACAGUCCUUACCCACCAGAUCAACAAACAUGGCGACAAACCACCUGCAAAGUACAUCCUGAAGCACCUCCUGAAACAAGACGGCUAAAUUCUACGCAACUUGAGCGCGCAUUUUUUGAGUCCCGGAGUGCACAGUGGGGUCCUGGAUGUGAGAUUAUGUUUCAGCUUUUUUUCAGUUUUUGUGGGAAAGAUCAACAACUGAAAGUCCAAAUUAGCGAUGAGCAACCAGUUUUGGUGAACGCCGCUCACAUGCACGUAUUGGAUUUUCUUUUGAUAAAUCCGAAACAUCGAAAUCUCAACGGGAUACAUCAAACGCCAGAUGGUGUCUUUCAAACACUGAUGUUAGAAAGGUGCAAAGGAAGCGUUCUGAUCUUCCCUCUACCGAUAGAUAUGGUUCCAUCGAGUAACAGCGAAAAUAUUAUUGUUGAUUUCGAUGAUUGCUUUGUGGUUGAUAUGCUACAUAUGCGAUAUGGUAAGAAGGGAUUAUUUGAGGAGCCCUACUUUCUAGGCAAUGGUAGGCAAUGGAAAAGUUUCAUGCACGUCAAUGUUUCUGAAGAUCUUGUAAUACCACGUGCAUUAGAGCAACCCGGUUUUACAGAGAGUCGAGAAGAGUUUUCUGUGCAUAUUUGGGAUUGGUUUUAUAAUCAUUCACUAAGAGCCUUUCAUAGAUGGAUAGCGAAUGACCAAAAUCCAAAUUUUCUAUGGUGCGACUAUUGUGGAAUCGGAGGAGCAAGAUUUAUUGAAUGUUGUGGAGAGGGGGAUGAGAUGACCAGAUAUUGUAGUGAAGAGCACGGACAGAGAGGAUGGGCAUUACACCGAUUCACUUGUAAGAACAAAGCCGAGGAUUUGUAG